GGACAAGUAUUGGAAACCAGCACAGCUUACUAAUUUAAGAGUAGACUUUCUCUCUCCUCCUUCCUUUUCUCUCUCUCUCAUACACACCCUCGCCAAAAACUUCAUAACCAUCGCCGGUUACACUACUCCUUUCCCGGCUAAACUAAUACUCAGAGGAGUCCAGCUCGCUUACACAUGUUCCUCAGCUUCUCUCCCUAAUUUCCCUCUCUCUAAGACCACAAUGUCGAUAUACGACAAAGCAUUCAUGAACAGCGAGCUCUCAAAACCUACCUCUAUAUUCGGUCUCCGGCUAUGGGUUGUCGUCGGGAUCUUCGUCGGAGUUAUCAUAGUCCUCGUACUUUUCCUCAUCUCCGUAUGCAUCACCUCUCGACGUCGACACUCUCACUCGACUAAGAAAAAUGAAAAAACCCUAACCCCUGCAGUAUCGAAAGAAAUACAAGAGAUCGUCCCUCACGAAUCGUCUGCUGCGGUGGAGCACCGUAUGUCAGUGCCGGAGAUCCAAAUCGAUAUAGGGAAGUCGGAACACCGUGUCGUUUUCUCCGACCGGCAAUCGAGCGGUGAGAGUAGGGCUACGAGUAACGACACGGCGUCGUAUGGUGGUGGUAAUGGCGGUUCGUCGUUGCCGCAGGUGUCGCAUUUAGGAUGGGGGCGGUGGUAUACGCUCCGGGAGCUGGAGGCGGCCACAAAUGGAUUGGCAGAUGAGAAUGUGAUCGGUGAAGGAGGCUAUGGUAUAGUGUAUAGCGGUAUUUUAGGGGAUAAUACUCGCGUGGCAGUGAAGAACUUAUUGAAUAACAGGGGUCAAGCUGAAAGGGAGUUCAAAGUAGAGGUAGAAGCAAUUGGGCGUGUCAGACACAAGAAUCUUGUUCGCUUGUUAGGAUAUUGUGUAGAAGGAGCCUACAGGAUGCUAGUCUAUGAGUAUGUAGAUAACGGGAAUCUGGACCAGUGGCUUCAUGGGGAUGUUGGAGAUGUCAGCCCUUUAACAUGGACUGUUCGUAUGAAUGUUGUUCAAGGAACUGCUAAGGGUUUGGCAUAUCUUCACGAAGGGCUUGAACCAAAGGUAGUUCAUAGGGACAUCAAAUCCAGCAAUAUAUUACUUGAUCGUCAAUGGAACCCUAAAGUUUCCGACUUUGGCCUUGCAAAGCUUUUGGGUUCAGAUACAAGUUACGUGACAACUCGUGUGAUGGGAACUUUUGGGUAUGUUGCACCAGAGUAUGCUUGCACGGGUAUGUUGACAGAAAAGAGUGAUGUGUAUAGCUUUGGAAUACUUAUUAUGGAGUUAAUCACUGGGAGAAAUCCUGUUGAUUAUGGUCGACCACAAGGAGAGGUGAAUUUAGUGGAGUGGUUGAAGACAAUGGUGGGAAACCGUAAAUCUGAUGAGGUGGUUGACCCGAAGUUGACCGAGAUGCCAUCUUCAAAAGCGUUAAAACGUAUACUUUUGGUGGCUCUGCGGUGUGUAGAUCCGGAUGCACAAAAAAGGCCUAAAAUGGGACACGUACUUCACAUGCUUGAAGCUGAUGACUUGCUCUUUCCCACUGAAAGAAGAGAAUCUUCACGAUCUAAUCGUGAUUAUAAGGUGGAAAAUAGUAGAUUAAACGAUAAACAAUCUGGCGAUAGAGAUUCUGAUACAAGUGAAGGUGAUAGCCGACGCAGAAGAUAACAUAACAAUCGAGGUCUGCAAGAUUCUAUUAAGUUUAUAAAUUGUUAUUUAUUAACCAUUUUUUUUCUUUCUCAUGUAUCUGAAUCUCCUAAAGUUGCAAUAUUAUAUCAUUCUUUUUAUUUGAUGCCUAAAGUCACACCACAACACCACCCAUUUGUAUUACUAUCCA